GACAAGCCGUCGUUUCUCAAGGAGGUUCCGAAAACUCCAACGCCUCAGUUAUCCGAGGAAGGUUCCAGUACUAUCAAGCCUUUGCCUAUCGGCGAACGUUCCAGUACUACCGAGUCUCCGCCUCCCGACAAAGGUUCCAAAACUACAAAGCCUCCGCCACCGGGCGGAACCUCUAGUGCUACUGAGCCUACGCCACCCGACGAGGACUCUAAAAUUCAAGCGGUAAAAAUUCUAGGGAGCUACAACUUGUCUGUGAAGCCAUACUUACCUUUGUAUGAGAGCGUUCCAACUGAGCGGCCGAUGACCUUUGACGGUGAAGUUGAAAUAAGAGCGAAUACAAAUGAGCGUGUGGACGAAAUUGAAUUAAAUAUGUUGGAUAUAGAAAUUAUUGAGGAACGCUGUGCAGUUAUUGUGGAUAACAGGUCUAUAAAUAUUCGUAAUAUUUCCGUGAGCAGGGAGUACCAAAAAGUGGUAUUUAGCAUGGACGAAUUCAUCGAAAAAGAUGAGGAGCUCAAGAUUAAGAUAGGCUAUACUGGCGCUAUCAUCGAAGGCAUGCUCGGCUUUUAUGGAUUCGUGUAUACUGACAGCAAUGGCUCAAUCAAGGUUGGCGCUACUACACAGUUUGAACAAGCACAUGCCAGGAAAAUGGUGCCCUGUUUUGAUGAGCCAUCCUUCAAAGCGCCAUGGAGUGUUACUGUGAUUCAUCCGCAAGGAACCACAGCUCUAUCCAAUGGUAUAGAGUUUCGAGUGUGGUCACAACCACAAAGGAUAAAUGAGACGUCGUACGCAUUGGAUUUCGGAGUCAAAUGUUUGGAAUUUUUCGAAGACUUCCUCGAAAUCAAGUAUCCAUUGGAUAAACUAGAUUUUGUCGCACUGCCGAGAUUUCGUGCGGGCGGCAUGGAGAAUUGGGGUCUGAACAAUUACAAGUACGUCAGUUUUCUGUGGUUUGGGAACUUAGUGACAAUGCGUUGGUGGAGCGAGUUAUGGUUGAAAGAAGGAUUCUCGGAUUUUAUGGCAUUUCUCGCACUGGAAAAAAUCACAGAUCGUGGCAGAGCAGAGGCUGACUACUUCCUUACGAGCUCGCUAGAAGUAGCGUUUAUGGCUGAUGCUGGCUCUUCAACUCAUCCCUUGAAAUGGCACGCGGAAAAGCCUAGUGAGUUGAUGGAUGGAGUCAGUGCGAUAUCGUACAAGAAAGGAGCCUCUUUCCUUGUUAUGACUGCUGCCAUUUUGGGAGCAGAUGACUUCUACAAAGGAGUGAAGAUAGGAUUUCCUUUGAUAACUGUAAGAUCGAUCAACGAUAGUACAUUUGAAAUUAGCCAAGAACGCUACAAAAAGGAUCCUACGGAGGCAGACCCCCCAAAGUACAACAGUUCAGGGCACAACUUCCAAUGGGACGUGCCCUUGUGGUACCAAUUAAAUCACGAACCGGUGAAGUUGACUUGGCUGCGUGCAAUAGAUGGACCUCUUUACAUCUCGGCCGACACGGUAAACACAACUAUAGUUGUUAAUGCGGAUCGUUACGGCUUCUACAGGCAAAACUACGAUGUCGAGGGCUGGAAGAAAAUCGCCAAGCAGCUUUUGGAAGACCACACGGUACCUGAUUUCUCC